AUUUAUGUAUAAUAUACUGAGAGCCAAAUAAGCAUUCAAGAUGAAUCGAAAUAAAACGCCUUAAGAAUCUGUAAAUUAAAGAUAGAAUAGUUAAAGUUUUUAUGAUCAAAGGUAAUAAUUGAGAUUGAAAUUUGAAAGCAACAAUUCGUUGAGUUUGACAAAAAGUAAAACAAAUAAUUCGACUACAAUAAAUACUUUAAAUAGAACAAUAAACUCUUUUUAUGUUGGUGGUAGAAGGGAAAAGUUGUAAACUUAUACAAUAGAUUUAUAAAAAACAAUGGAUGCUGAUUUUGGUAAUAAAUUUAGAUCUGCUUUCAAAGAGAGUGGUAGAUAAAAUAGAAGAAUAGUAAAUGUUUUCUAAUAUUUUAAGAAUACAUCUAAUAAACUCAAUAAUUAAAGACCUAUAUCACACAGUAAAUCGGUUGUGUAUGGAAAAAGAGAUGAAGAAGAUAAUAAUAAUGAGGGAUAAAAACUAGAGUAUGAAUGAUUAUAAUUAGAAACUUGACUAUUAUUUAAUAAGGUUUAAUUUAAGAACCAAAUAAACCAAUAAUUAAUCCAAAUGAAGAAUUAGCUAAAAUAAAAGAAGAAGUUAAUGCAAUUUAUAAGAAUUUGGAACCAGAUACUUUAGAAGUUGAUGAAUGGAUUUAUUAGGUAGAUUAUUAAAAAUUAGAACUUAAAGUAUUUAGUUUGGAUGAAUUAAGAUAUUUAGCAUAAGAAUUUUAAAAAGAAGAAUAUGAGAGAAAUUAUUUAACUAUGGAUAAAAUAUUACUAAAAAAUAAAUUUUUUUAAAGAUUUGGAUAAGGUAUAAGAAUAGGAAUAAUGGAAAAAGCUUCUAUGGAAAUUCAUAAUGUUGGAAAAGUCAUUCUAUAAUUAGGAGGUAAUAGCAACAAUCUUUAUGUUAUUUUAAGAGGUUCUUGUUAAUAGACUUUAACAAUGGAUAUAUAAUUAGAAGAUUAUGAAAAUUUGACAGUGUAAUCUUAUUUUGAUGGUUAAGAUUUAUCAGAAAUUAAUUUAUUGUAAUUAAAUAAUAGUAGAGGAUAUUCAGUAAAUAAGUAUGUAGAUUUAGUAGAAGGAAUUAAAGAACAUCCAAAAUUAAUAGGUAAUAUUUUUAUUAUAUUAUUAGAACUACUUAAAAAUGAAAGAACUAAAUUGAUAACUAGUCAUAUUUCUUGCGCAGAAUAAACUUACCUACUUAGAAUGGAUAAUGAUUAAUUUUAAAAGAUUCUGAAAUAAUCUAUUGAAAAAGACAAAGAAUUUAAAUUAAGUAUACUUUCACAAAUCAGAUUUUUUUAACAUACUUCAGCUUCUUAAUUAUUACAUUUAGUAGCAGAAUUGGGAAUUUAAAAUUAUUAUUAAGGAGAUUGUGUUGUUAGAAAAGGAGAUGAUUUAAAUAGAGUAAUUAUUAUUGCUUCAGGUGAAUUUGAAAUCGUGGAAGAAAUCCAACUCUAGAGAGAAACAAGAAAUUAUUAUUUAGAAAAUAAAUUAAAACCUUUAGUACAUAAAAGAAUUAUAGAUAGAAAUACUAAACCUGAAAUAUCAAGAGAUAUUCCUGAUUAAUCUUUUGAUUUAUCAUUCACUAAUAAUUAAAAUUAAUAAGUAAUAAGAAAUUCAAAAUGUUAUUAAUUUUGUAAUAAGCAAAUUAAAGGUAAAAAUUAAAUUGCAUAUACUCAUUUACAUGUAUUAAAAACACUUAAAAAAUGUGAUGUUAUUUGUGGUAGAUCAUUAUUAAUUUUAUAUGAUAAUGAAUAUAAUCAAGGAUUAGCUAGUAAAGCAAAGUAAUUAUUAUUUUUAACCAAUUAAUAGAUUAACAGUUGUUGUAAAGAGUGUGAAAGGUAGUAUUUUCUUUUUGGAUAAAGAAAGAUACUAAAAUCUUCCAGAAAGUUUAUAGAAUUAAAUUUUAGCAGGAUUACGAUCAAUGAAAGAAUAUGAUGAUUAUGAAUUAGAUCAUAUAAGAAAAGAAAUUAAAACUUGGGAGAAAUAUAAAUAAAAUCUAUAUCAAUAAUUCAUAUAGGAUAAACGUAAAAAGACUUUUAAAACAUACUGA